AAGGCACUUUGCAUGAAAGGCAAAGCCCAUUGGUUACUGCCUGUGUAUUUCCAUUACACUAGUACGCAUUAAUCAGCGGCCUCUUUCUCUCUCUCUCUCUCUUGCUGGUUCUGUGUAUGUGUUUUGCUUUUGCUUGAAAUUGUACCGACAUAGUUCCUAACAAAUGGGGUUUCAUUUCUCCUACGUAGGAUUUCUAACAAAGUGAUGGUUUCUUCUUCAUCUUCUUCUACUAUUGACAUGUGAGCACUACUUCUACUACUGUCCUUCUUUUGCCUUCUUCAAUCUCUUCACAGUUUGGAGGGUCUUAUCAGAAUCUUUAGCUUCACUCGGGCAUUAAGAUUGACCAAUUGAAAUAAAGCUGAACAACCAAGAAUCGUGCGUUGGAUCACUUGGAUGGUAACAAUGGCUAUGCAAACUAUAUUUUUCAAAGAACAUGAAGGACUUGUCCCUAAUACCAUAGGGCAAUUGUCAUCAGUACCAUCUGCACCUUGGUGGAGCACAUUUGGAUCACCAUCAAUUUAUGGAGAAUCUUGUGGCCAAUUGAAGCAAUUAUCCAUGGAACCUCCUGGUAGCGGAGACCAACUCAGUGCCACUAAACAGGCCGGAAGGGGCACUGAACUGGGACCAGAUAAAGGGAAUACAAAUCAAUUCACUAUCUUUCCUGGGGAUGGGCAAAAACAUCAAGCGACUAUCUCUCUUCAGACAUCUCUGCCAGAGUAUAAUGCUCGUUUUGAGCUUGGAUUUGGUCAGCCUAUGAUUUGUACAAAAUAUCCAUAUGUGGAUCAACGCUAUGGAGUCUUCUCUUAUGGACCUCAAAUAUCGGGACGCAUAAUGCUGCCACUGAACUUAACUACAGAUGAUGGACCCAUAUAUGUGAAUGCUAAACAGUACCAUGGAAUCAUCAGGCGUCGACAGUCCCGUGCUAAGGCAGCAGUACUGGAGAAUAGGUUGCCUAGAACUCGUAAGGCAUAUAUGCAUGAAUCACGCCAUCUUCAUGCACUGCGUCGGCCACGGGGAUGUGGCGGCCGUUUCUUGAACACAAAGAAUUUGGACAAUGUAAAAGGGGGAACUGAAGCGAAGAAAGUUGGGGAUGGACAACUGUCUCAGCCCUCGGGUUCACAGAGUUCUGAAGUGCUGCAAUCUGACAGCGGAACUCUGAACUCAUCAAAGGAAAUCAAUGGCAGCGGUUCUAACAUUUCAGGAUCAGAGGUGACUAGCAUGUACUCUAGGGGAGAUCUCGGUCACCUUCCGAUAAGUCAUCUUGGGCGGGCGAUCCACUCUCUCUCGGAUAUGAUGGACAGCAAUCGUGGUAUCGUCAUGCCCACCAAGUGGAUUGCAGCAGGGGAUACCUGCUGCAAUCUUAAAGUUUGAUGGCAAGGGUGCAAAUGGGGUCGAUGCUUUGCUUGGUCAUCGUUUUGACCCCAUCCUUGCUGCAACCAGAUGGAGAAGCUCUGUUGUAGAAGACUACCAUGGUCAUCACAGCGAGUUUUGGUACAGUUGUUACCCCCAUUUGGUUGUAAAGGCAAUUCAUUCUUGGCUCAUAGCAUAAAGGUUGUUUAUUGCCCCUGCUUGCAAUACAAGCCUUAAUGCAGUUUCUAGUAAAACUAAUGUAGUAGUAGAAUACAUAUGGGUUAUAUUCCCUUAAAUAAAAAGACACUAAAAGUCUGGAAUGUAUUUUAUGUUUUUUAGUUGUAAAAAAAAAGGUGUGUUUUCUGAGUGUGGUAUUGUAAUUUAAAAUAUGGUGUAUUGAGUAUUUGACAUCUUGAACUGAUGUAAUGUGUUUUCUAAGUGUGGUAUUGUAGUUUAAAAUAUGGGUGUAUUGAGUAUUUGACAUCUUGAACUGAUGUAAUGCAGAAUUUUUGUAAUCUGUGUUGUGAUAUGUAUUGGUAGAAGAAUAAUGUUGUUGUUAGAAGAAUAAUGUUGUUGUCUUAAUUAAACAACGAUGUUUUGUGACUA